AAGGCUCAGAGAGUAGUCAACACUAGACUCCACACAAGCGGGGCCAUGUCCUUCAAAGCGCAGAUCGUGGUGGAUUGCCGCGGCCACCUGCUUGGUCGUUUGGCAUCAGUCUUGGCCAAGGAGCUGCUGAACGGCCAGUACGGACACCCAAAAUUUGCAGCGUUCCGGCGUUCCGGCGCAAAUGAAGCAUGAUGAUGUGUUAUGUCGGACAAAAUGAAGAAUCCUUGCCGAGCCAACUUUUGCUCAGCCCGAUGACUUGAGGAAUGUAGUCUGCGUCCGGACAGAAGACAUCAACAUGUCAGGGUCCCUCUACCGCAACAAGUUGAAGUAUGCCAACUUCAAGAGGAAGCACAUGAACACCAAUCCUCGUCAAGGACCUUUCCACUUCCGCUCUCCUGCCAAGAUCCUGUGGCGCACCAUUCGUGGUAUGGUUCCGCACAAGACUGCCCGUGGUGCAGCUGCGCUGGACAAGUUGAAGACCUUUGAGGGCAUCCCACAUCCAUAUGACCGCAAGAAGAGAAUGGUGGUGCCCAGCUGCCUGAAGGUCCUGCGCCUGCGCCCCGAGCGUCGCUUCUGCCGCCUCGGUGACCUUUCCAAAGAGGUUGGCUGGAAGCACGGCGCCCUCAUCGAGCGCCUGGAGUCUCAACGUAAGGUGAAGAGUGAAGCAUUCUACAAGAAGAAGAGCGCCACUUUGCGAUCGAAGAAUGAGGCGAAGAAGGCCGUGAAGCUUUCAGCUGACGAGAUGAAGGUCUUGGAAUCCGCUGGUUAUGCGUGAUUUGAAGGAGCGAAGAAGAAACCUGAGCCGGGCAGAAAAGAACCAAGCCUGAGCCUUGCACGUGCGGGCCGGUGGAUGUGGGGAAAUUAAACAGCAGGGGCUGUAGCUGACAUGUCCUAGUGUGAGAGGAUCAGGAAAACAUGGAAAUGGACAUGAG